AUGAAAAAUAGAAGAGGUAAUAGUCGUUCUAGAGGUCGAAACGAUUCAUCUAGGGUUAAUGAACAUAUCCCAAGGUACAUUAGGAACCAACCAUGGUAUUAUAAGGAUGGUAUUAAGCAAACUGAAGGUGAUGAUGAUGGUGAAGGAAAAGAUAAUGAGAAAGAGGAUUACUUGAUUCACCAUCGACAGAGUAAGGGGGAUGGUGCUCUUGAUAUUGACAAUAAUGCUGAACCUAAGGUUGGUGGAGGCAUUCAAGAUAUCUUCGACAAGGUUUCUGUGAAAGAGAGUGAAAAUAACGAUGAUGUCUCUGAACAAACUGCUAAUGUACGUCGAGCUGAUGAAAGCACAAGUUGGGAUGCUAGGAAGGAUAGAUGGUAUGGUUACGCUGGACAAGAGUAUGAUCAAGUGCUUGCUAAGUGGGAGGGCAAGCUUGGUGAUAGCACUAUUGAUGAAUAUGGAUAUCCAGGUUGGGAUACUGAUGAAGAAAUUGAAUUGGAAAAAUUAGAACUACCUACGAAGAACGUAUCAUUGACCAAUAAUGAUAAGGAUGGAGAUGCAGCUGGCGCAAGAGCUUCGGUUAGACUACGAGAAGAUAAGGCAGCAUAUUUGCAGGACAUCGGCAGCGACGAAAUCAAAUAUGAUCCCAAAUCGAGAAUCUACAAGAGUGCAGAUAUUGGUAAAGUUGAUGAUAAGGGACAUAUGUUCCGACGUCAUUUGACAGGAGAAGGUCAAGAGUUUGCGGAAUUGAACCAGUUUGCAAGAAAACAUGCCAAAGAAUCUGGUGUGAGAGAUGAAAUAAAUGAUAAAAGUAAGAUUGACCAUGUGUUGAUUGCUAAUCCAACAAAAUAUGAACAACUGCGACGUGAUCAGUUAAACGAGGCCAUCUCACAACAAUCAGAAAUACCAUUAGAGCCAAAACUCGAGGCCAGGCGUAGUGUUGGGCAACCACAGCGUAAGAAAGCCAAGAAAACUUUGCAAGACAUGUAUGGGUAG